AGAGCCGCUUGAUCAGAUUUCAAUUGUUAACCUUGUGUUUAUUACGAACAAAUUAACCUGGAGUGAUGGACGAAUCAUCUUGAGUAUUUGAAAUUUUUCGCAUGUCACAAGUUGACAGUUGGCAAACAUUCUCUCGAUCUCAUUUUACAUUGAACUUUUGAACGUGAGAAAUCCAUGGAAUGAUGGAAGAUUUUUAGUUUUCGAACUAAACUAAAAGGAUUUUUGACUUAUGAUUAUCUCUAGCGCUUGCUUCAGCGUCAUAGGAGAGAGCAAAUUAGACGUUGAUGAGUGAUAUGCCUCCAACACAACGAGAUCACAUGGAAAUCGACGACGAUUCGGCCCGCGAUCAAGUGAACGGAUUUUUACCCGCAGGAGUCGCUCAAGUCCCGAAAGAGGAACUUCAAAAAUAUUUGAAAUGCAAGCGCAUUGGCAAUUAUCUGCUUGGAAAAACCAUUGGCGAAGGAUCAUUCGCGCGAGUAAAGCAGGGGUUUCAUGUCUUGACGGGAGAAAAGGUUGCUGUUAAGAUAAUCGACAAGAAGCUAGCCCAUCAAGACAAAUACGUGGCCAGGAACAUGAGGCGAGAAGCGAAAAUUAUGCAAAUGAUUCGCCAUCCAAACAUUGUUCAACUUCUGGAAGUCGUAGAAACGGAACACAGAUACUACUUAAUCACAGAGAUUGCAGCCGGAGGAGAUCUUAUGGAUUACAUUUGUUACCGAAGAAAACUUGGCGAGGUGGAAGUUAGAAAAUUUAUUCGGCAAAUUGUGUCGGCUGUGCAUUAUCUACAUCAGGGAGGAAUUCUCCACAGGGACUUGAAAGUUGAAAACUUACUUUUGGAUGACGACUAUAAUAUCAAGAUCAUAGAUUUUGGUCUCAGUAACACACUGUUUGUGUCCUCACCUGACGGUCAAAGCACAAAGGAAUUCCUUAAGACCCAGUGCGGCUCUCCAGCUUAUGCUGCUCCAGAGAUCUUGGGACACAAACCGUAUGGGCCUGAGGUGGACGUUUGGAGCAUCGGGGUCAACAUGUAUGCCAUGCUGACAGGAAAACUUCCCUACUCGGCCGAGCCAUUCCACAUAAACACUCUGUAUAAUAAAAUGAAAAAAAAUGACAUGAAUCCAAUUCCAGAUCAUUUGUCCUCGUCAUGCAAAGAUCUUGUCCAGCGUUUACUGACGUUCAGCCGCGAAAAUCGGAUAACAUUGUAUGAGGUCCUUAACCACGAGUGGUUACAGAAGGGAUUUGAUGGUCCCAUAAUCCCGAUUGUGUUCCCGAAUUACCCGCAGCCCGAAGAACUGGACAAGAAUAUCGUUAGACAUAUGGUUGACAAGAUGGAGUUCAAACAGCAAGAAAUAGUGGAUGCGGUUGCGAAAAACAGAUCUACUGCUACAUCAACUGUCUAUCACCUUCUACAAAGAAAACUUAAAAGAUAUUAUGUCAAACACCCGGGAGAAGCUGGGCGUGUGAUGAAUGACGUCACAUUUAACUCGGAACCCGUUCGCAAUUCCUCAACAGCCACGCCAGAGUUAGAAAUUAGGAAUUCGUCUAAAAAGAGACGCGAAUUUGCAGUUACGACCGUAAACGCUUGUGAUUUUAAUGAUAAAAAGCAAACUACUCCGAAUGAAACAAAGCCAGAGUCAGAGAAGUUAACGCUUCCCUGUGCAGGACGGGAGCAACUUUCUUCUCCAAGCAAGGAGAACUUGUCUAAAUUGGAUGAAGAACUUGCAGAAAACCCCAAAAGUUUACAUCAAGAUGAUCCAAUUUCAGAGAAAUCUAUCAAUGAAAUCGACGAAGAUAAUUCUUCUGAACAGAAAGAUAGAACCUGUAGCGUACUAAGUGACGGCGGGAUUGAAAUCUCCAGAAAGGAUUCCUGCAAUUACUCUUCAGUACAAGUCAUGGCAGUGAAUGGUCGCCGGCUGUCGCAUAUUUCGGUUGAAAGCAAAGCCGAGACGAGCAAGAAAUCUGCCACGGUAGAUUUAGACGAGAAAAACGAGCAAGAAGGAAAAGAGAGUACUGUCAAUAAUCAUGAAAAUUCCUCGCGACGCAUUUCUGAAACAAAGUCUGUCGCGCCCCAGGGGAGAAUUUCUCCAAGGCUUUCGGCUCCAAAUACGCCAUCUAUAGGCAAAGUUUCUCCUAUUAAUGCCAAGAUUAUUUCUAUUCCGCUGCAACCGAUGAAAAUGGAAUUUCCUGAAAAGGUAAAAUUUAACCACAGACGGUUUUCCCUUCCUCAGACCUUUCUACCGCCCAGGAACCUGGGAACUACUCAGCAAAGACAACAUGUUCCCAGUCCCUUCCACUUCAAUUCAACCAUGUCUUCUACGGAUGCAAAGCAGAGAAACAGAGAUUCUCCGUCACUGCCACCUUACGGGCUAUGCUGCCAAUUGACAGCGAUAAAGCCUCAGGAAGAAAAGGAAGACUCUGUGACACGUGCUCACGAAGCGAGAUCACGCGGUGAUCACGCGCAGCACAAUGGAAUUGAAAAUAGACAUGCGCAACCGCGGCGGAAUGCUUACUAUUCUCCGUCCACUGAAAGGCGAUUUCCGAGUAAACGCCAUUCAGUCGCCACAUCGGGAGGUAGAGAACUGUUGAAAAGUAUAAAUAACACAUUAGGUAGGCUUGUGGAAAUUCAAGAUAACACAGAGUCCUCAAAACCUCCAGACAGUUUAUUACUGAGAUCUCGCUUGCAACCUGCCACAAUCAAGGCACCCUUAAAACACGAUUCAUCCGUCGAAGGCGUAAAAAUAUCUCUGAUACAGGAGCACGCUGGUGUUGAACGAGCAAAGGAAAAGCGCAGCUCUGGACUCAAGAUAAGUUGUAGUGUGAAGGACACUCAGACUGCCAAACCUGUGCCUUCAUCAAAUCCAACUGGACUUUCUACCACUGAAUCGAAGUCGGCAAAAGAGCAAAUUACCAGAGAGAAGAAACCGAAAGCAGGGUUGCUGAAUAGAAGCGUAGCAGGAAGAAGAAGAAAGACAUUAGAGAACAAGAUCCCACCAGAAAAUGACAGCGCAUCUUCACCAAGGCACGAGGAUGGGUCGCCUCUAAAUCGUCGAUCUCUUGACGAUAAUCAUUGCUCUACGCAUGACGCCUUACAGAGUGGCCGCCGAUCACUUGAUUCGUUGGAGGAAAUCAUUUAAGCAGCUGUGAGUUGUUCAAGAUGUUUAAAAUUACGUACCAUGUUUGGAAAAUUCAACACAGAAAACCACGACACGUGAACGCGUCUAAAUAUUUAGUCUUUGAGAUCUGAGUUGUUCGAAGCAUGAUCACCGCAUUUAAACGUUUGAAUACCCAGGUGACUUAGGAUCAGCGUCAAUCGAGUUUCAAAUACCUUAGCUUAAGAAGUGCGUUAAGAUUAGUUUGAAAGU